ACCGUCAGUUAGCUAGUAAAGUUGUAAAAGCCUGAACCACAUUUCCUGUCUGUAAGAAUGCAGGCGAAGACAAGACUAGAGACUUUUAAGACUGACGGCAGCUCUGGAGAUAGAUUUAUGCUGUCAGAUCUGAAAUAAAAGCACAUCCAAGGUCUGCCAACAUAACAUAAUUUGAUUUCCUGUUGGAUAAAGAGACGGGGUGUAUUCCUAAAAAACAACAAAACCAGUUACAGAAAUGGAAUGCCACCCUUCUGUCUGGGGAGUUUUGGCCUUUCUGAGUCUGGCUCUGAUUGUUUCAUUGAUACUGAAUAUUUCACACUACAUGAAAAAGAAGCAAGAAACUAAAAUGUAUAAAGACUAUGAAGACAACAGUCCAAGCUAUGAUGGCCAAUACACAGAAGAUGACCCAGUUUAUGGCAAUCUCAGUCAAGAAAUUUUAGAGGAAUGUUGCUACGAGCAGAUGAAGUCCCAGCCUCAAAUGCCAGUUAACGAACUACAGGUGGAGCCUGAGCAUCAGAUGUGUUAUGCCUCACUUGAUCACAGCGUCAAGGGAAAACGCAGAAAACCAAGGAGAAAAAAAGACCCUUCAUUAGAGGAUGAAGAAAGAUCAUCCAAACCCACCAUUAUCACUUCAAAAGUUAGCAUUUACCUCAACAGUGAUCAGCUGGCUGCUGAAAAUACAGUAAACAUAGAAGCCAUUCAUGAUGAUCCCAUAAGAUUAAUGGGUUUAAUUCAUACAUCAAAUGGAGAGAACAUCUGAAGUAACUUCAUGAACCAAAUAUGUAAUCACAAAGUGAGAUCUGCUUUGGUUGUUCUGGAGGAACAGUGAAUGAUGAAAU